CAGUUUCUUUCAAUCGUCCAGCCUCUCCACCACGUCACCAACCAGUUGGGGCGUCGUGACGCGAUCGUUUUCUCGUUCGUUCGAAAAGAGAAAAAAAUAGUGAGAGAAGCUGCAGUCGUGUAGCCAUUAAUCAGCAGCAGCACCCCCUCCCCACACAGGAGGACGAUGAGCGUUGCGGAUCCGUGGUGCAAUCCAAACCCAACUAGUGACGCAAUCUGCUCCGCUGUCCAGCUGCAGUUCGAGGACAACUUUGAACCAGCCGCCGUCGGGGAUCAGCAGCAACCGCGGGACGGAAGACUUCCGGACUCGGACAGCUAUUUGGCCGCGUUAGAACGUAGACUUCGUAGACUGAGGACCAAUCCGACCGUCCUGCAGCAGUUGGCCGAACGUCGCGAGGCUUGUAUGCAACAGCUGCUGAACGACCCCGCCGCUGCAUCCCAGAACUACGACCAGCUGGACGAGCCCGUGUUCAACCACGAACUGUUGCGAAUCAUUCGUCCGGAACAAGCCCUCUCGGCAGCGGAGCUAGCGCAUCUCCUGAAGCACGAUCAUCUCGAGGGGGAGGAAGCCCAGGAAGAGCAGCAGCAGCAACAGGACUACGGCAAGGAAGGGGAGGAAAGUGGAACCGAGAGCUCCACCAGUCGUUAG